CUCACGGUACUGCCGCCAUCGUGGUCGGCAAAACCAAAACAACAGCAUGCGCAAGACCCUUCUUUUGUUUUGUGGUGAUCCCAUAAUGCACAACGCAACAGCAGCGAAGCAUAGCAACCUCAAACCCCUUCUCAACCCCAUUAUCUCACUCUCUUCAAUCUUUCAAUACCCUCUCUCCACUACUUCUACCUUACCUUAUUAUCAACACCAAGAUGAUGAACACAAUGGACCCCCACAACAUCAGCCAAUACCCUCAGAUGGGCAUGACGCAGGACACCUUUAUGAUGACGGACGAUGCUCCCAUGCAGUCGGGUACCGCCGUUCGUCAGGUGACUCCGCCUUCGAUGAACGCGAUGCACUUUGACAGCAACAUGGACUACCCCGAAGGACCUGCGGUACAACCUGCGGCUCGCGAAGAGUUUGAUCCCUUGCCCUGCGACGCUGUGAACCAGCGUGUGUUUGACGGACAACAGUUCUACAAGGCCAACUGUCUCUUGAUGGAACACACGGACGAACGCGCCUACUGGUUGCAGAACCCCGUCCGCAAGGCCAUGUUUGGGACUGUCAUCGUCGGACAGAUCCUUCAGAGGCCCGCGGCUUACGUACACGACCAGUCGAUUACCCAUUGGGAGACGACUGGGCAAUUGGUCGCCAUUAAACAAGUCAGCAAGGCCAUGAUGGCGCAAGCUCGUUCGUGUGGAAGCGCCGAAGACCCUCGUCGUGAACAUGCCGCCAUGCAACACCUCUAUCUGGUCAGUACCGGAGGUGAUGCCAUGGGUGUCACGCCCACGCAAGCCAUGGAACGAACCGGAGUCAUGGUUCCGCAAGACUGGUUGCAAGAUGAGCACUACUGCUACCUCAUCAUGCCCUAUUGCAACGGAGGUGAACUCUUCGAUUUGGUCGGCAAUUCCGGACGCUUUAGCGAAGACGAAGCCCGACACUGGUUGCACCAAAUUUUGGAUUCCCUCGAGACCCUCCACACGGCCGGAGUCUCUCACCGCGACUUGUCGCUCGAGAACGUCAUGAUCCACAAUGGCCGCGCCGUCAUUAUCGAUCUUGGAAUGUCCCUCAAGGUCCCCACGGAUCAACACGGCCGUCGCCACUUGAUUCAACCGCAAGGACCGUCUGGAAAAUGGACGUACAUGGCCCCCGAAUUGCUCGAAGGACAUCGCAACCAAGCCGAAGGAUUCGAUGGUUACGCCAUUGAUAUGUGGGCCGUCGGUGUCAUUCUAUACAUUAUGCUCACUGGACAAACUCCCUGGAAAAUGCCACAUGUUACCGACCUCAAGUUCCAAAAAUACACGGACGGCUGGAUGGAAGACAUUAUGAUUAGUCAGGGAAUGCGUCUUACGGGCAAUGCAUUUUGCCUACUGCAACGCAUGCUCUGGUUGAACCCUCGCGAUCGACUGUGUCUGCAACAGGUUCGAUCGCAUCCGUGGAUGCGGGAAGGCUGCGGUGCUACCCACCGAUCGUCCUUCCAGUUCCGUUCCAAAUCGUUGGGUGUGGAAGGCGAAGAAGAUGCCGACGAAAACGACGAAGGAGAACGCGCCGAAGUGCCCGAACCAGCCAAGAUUUCCAAGGGCAAGUACACGCAAGACGACCAAGUGUCCAUGGAGGAUAUGACCGUGCUGCAAGAGACGGUGGAAACCUACACGCUCAACAAAAAGGCACUCUCCGAGGAGGCGGAAGAACUCAAGCCUCUCGACGAAGAAGAUGCCUACGUCAAGGCCAUGAUGGCCAAGUUGACUCCCAAGGCCGAGUAAUCAAACGAAAGACGGGGGUCCACUUUAGUUUGCACGCAUGAAUAAAAAGCUAUAUAAAAAAACAUCUUUUUAAAAAAGAAUCAAUUGUGUGGACCGAAAGCAUAAGCAAACAUCGUGUCGUCUCGUUGCC